AUGUUCCGAAUUAUCUGUUCAUUUUUGCUGAUAGUCAGCGUGGUCGGUGUCGCUCUUGGGGCUCUGAACGACGAGUACGACAGUGACAAACGGUACCAUCCGAGGCUGCAGGAUGAGCUGAGUCCGAAGCUGACUUCCAAGAAUGCGGAACAGGAGCAGACUAUCGAGUACUGGCGCAAUCAGGCUAAGGCGACGGUGGAAAAGUUGAGACAGAGAAAGGAAAAUACAAAUAUUGCAAAAAAUGUUAUUAUGUUCCUUGGCGAUGGCAUGUCCAUCGCAACCGUCGCUAUGGCUCGAGUUUAUGCCGGCGGUGAAGAGAAGCCCUUGUCCUUCGAAGAGUUCCCAUACGUGGGUAUGUCGAAGACGUACUGCGUAAAUUAUCAGGUAGCGGAUUCUGCGUGCACGGCCACCGCAUACCUGACGGGAGUGAAGGGAAACUACGAGACGAUCGGUGUGAAUGCCCACGUGCCGGUGCGUGACUGUGAGGCGGUGCGCAAUCGUACCACGCACACGUCUUCCAUCGGACAGUGGGCGAUGGAUGCGGGUAAGGAUGCAGGUAUCGUCACAACAACACGCGUUACCCAUGCGUCCCCCUCUGGGAUGUACGCCCAUAUUGCGUUCCGCGAUUGGGAGGACGAUUACUGGGUCAAGCAGGAUAAUUGUGAUCCAGAGCAGGUCGAUGACAUCGCAGAGCAACUGGUUUACGGUGAAACCGCUCCACGACUGCGCGUGAUAUUGGGUGGAGGACGACGGGAAUUCAUGGAUCGGGACAUCCACCAGGACUACGAGACGGGUAAAGGAGGAUAUCGAUCAGAUGGACGCCAUCUCAUCAAUGAGUGGCUGAAGAACGGACCGGUCGGCGAGAACCGUACAUUCGUGUGGAAGAGAUCCGACCUUCUGGCGGUGGAUCCUCGCCGAACCGAUAGACUGCUGGGGAUGUUUGAACCGAGUCAUUGCGUGUACAAUUUAGAUCGAGUCCAUAAAAAUCUAGUUGAAGAGCCCACGCUAGCCGAGAUGGUCGAUAAGGCUACCGAUAUUUUAAGUACCAAUCCGAAUGGGUUCUUCCUGUUUGUGGAAGGAGGCCGAAUCGAUCAUGGACAUCAUGAUAAUCAAGCACGAUACGCCAUCGAUGAGACGGUCGAGUUCGCCAAGGCAAUUGAGUUGGCGCGUAAAAAGUUCAGUGAAGAGGACACACUGAUAGUGGUUACGUCAGACCAUUCGCACAGUGUUAGCUUCGCGGGAUAUCCGAACCGUGGAAACGAUAUCUUCGGAAUUGCCGGAACAGGCAACGAUGGGCUACCGUACAUGACGAUAAGCUACGCCAAUGGGCUUGGCUUUUACAAGCACGUUGACGCCGCCAAAGGAACGCGUGCUAACGUACGCGAUAUGCCAGAUGCCCUCGCUGAUGACUUCCCGUUUCCGGCCAUGCUACCGGUCGAGCUUGAGACACACGGUGGGGAGGAUGUGGCAGUGUAUGCCUCCGGUCCAUGGUCACACUUGUUCACUGGAUCCUACGAACAGAAUACCAUUCCACACAUGAUGGCCUACGCUUCGUGUAUCGGUAGCGGCCAGAAGGCGUGUGCAAAACCCUAAUAG